CUUCCGGUUCUGUGUGCGUGCGAGAGGAAGAAGAAGAAGAAGAAGAAGAAGAAGAAGAAAGAAGAAAGUUGUGCUGAAAUCUGGGGAUAAGUUUGGCUUUUUAACGCAACACUCACGCAGUUUUGCGGUAAAAGCAGAAGACGACGCAACAGAUCGGUUGUUUUUAAACAUGUCCACGGUCGCCCUGUACAGCGAGCAGGGCGGAGCGGAGGCGGCGGUGGAAGCAGGUCUGGAGAGCAGCAGCCCGACCUCCGGGGCCGGACUGUUCAGCGCAGACUUCAGAAAGAAUGAAGACCUCAAAGAGAUGUUGGAGAGCAACAAGGAGUCGCUCAAACUGGAGGCCAUGAAGAGGGUCGUUGGGCUGAUUGCCAAAGGGAAAAAUGCCUCCGAGCUGUUUCCUGCCGUUGUGAAGAACGUGGCGAAUAAGAACAUCGAGCUUAAGAAGCUUGUGUAUGUGUACCUGGUGAGGUACGCAGAGGAGCAGCAGGACCUGGCUCUGCUGUCCAUCAGCACCUUCCAGAGGGCCCUCAAGGACCCGAACCAGUUCAUCCGGGCCAGCGCUCUGAGGGUUUUGUCCAGUAUCCGGGUCCCCAUCAUUGUCCCCAUCAUGAUGCUGGCCAUCAAGGAGGCGGCGGCCGACCUGUCCCCGUAUGUCAGGAAGACGGCAGCCCACGCCAUCCAGAAGCUCUACAGCCUGGAUCCAGACCAGAAGGAGCAGCUGAUCGAAGUGAUUGAGAAACUCCUGAAGGACAAAAGCACACUGGUGGCCGGCAGUGUGGUGGUGGCCUUCGAGGAGGUGUGUCCGGAUCGCAUCGACCUGAUCCAUAAGAACUACAGGAAGCUGUGUAACCUGCUGGUGGAUGUGGAGGAGUGGGGUCAGGUGGUCAUCAUCUCCAUGCUGACCCGCUACGCCAGGACCCAGUUCACCAGUCCCUGGACGGAGGGUGCCAUGUUUGAUGAGAACAACGACAAGGCGUUCUACGAGUCCGACUCUGAGGAGAAGAAAGACCAGACGGAAGCCAAACCUUACAUCAUGGACCCAGAUCACAGACUGCUGCUCAGGAACACCAAGCCUCUGCUGCAGAGCAGGAACACAGCGGUGGUGAUGUCUGUCGCUCAGCUCUAUUGGCAUUUGGCUCCUAAGCAUGAAGUCAACAUCGUCACCAAGUCACUGGUUCGACUACUAAGAAGCCACAGAGAGGUGCAGUACGUUGUGCUUCAGAAUAUCGCUACGAUGUCCAUUCAGAGGAAGGGGAUGUUUGAGCCCUUCAUGAAGAGCUUCUAUGUGAGAUCUACAGACGCUACACACAUCAAAACACUAAAGUUGGAGAUCCUGACCAACCUGGCCAAUGAAGCCAACAUCUCCACCAUUCUGAGGGAGUUUCAGACCUACGUGAAGAGCCAGGACAAGGCGUUUGCAGCAGCCACCAUUCAAGCCAUCGGCCGCUGUGCCACCAACAUCUCCGAGGUGACGGACACUUGUCUCAACGGUCUGGUGCUGCUGCUUUCCAACAGAGACGAGACGGUGGUUGCAGAGAGCGUGGUGGUGAUCAAGAAGUUGCUUCAGACUCAGCCCACCCAGCACAGCGAGAUCAUCAAACACAUGGCCAAGCUCUUCGACAACAUCACCGUCUCCAUGGCCCGAGCCAGCAUCCUGUGGCUGAUGGGGGAGUACUGUGAGAGGGUGCCCAAAAUUGCCCCCGAUGUCCUCCGUAAGAUGGCAAAGACUUUCACAGCAGAGGAGGACAUCGUCAAGCUGCAGACGGUCAACCUAGCAGCCAAACUUUACCUGACCAACUCCAAGCAGACUAAGCUGCUGACCCAGUACAUCCUGAACCUCGGCAAGUACGACCAGAGCUACGACAUCAGAGACCGAACUCGCUUCAUAAGGCAGCUCAUCGUGCCCAACGGGAAGAGCGGCGCCCUCAACAAGUACGCUCGACGGAUCCUGCUGGCCCCCAAACCGGCCCCGGUUCUGGAGUCUGCAUUCAAAGAUCGAGACCGUUACCAACUGGGCACUCUGUCCCACAGCAUCAACACUAAAGCCAGUGGGUACCAGGAGCUCUCAGACUGGCCGGCUGUUGCUCCUGACCAGUCUGUGAGGAACGUGGAGGUCAUUGAACCAGUGCAAGAGUGGGCGCCGUUAGUUGGGAAGACCAAGAAACCCAAAUCCGACAAGUUCUACUCCGACGAUGAAGAGGAGAAAGAAGAGGUGGAAGGAUCUGAGAGGAGUGGCAGUGAAGGCAGCAGCAGCAGCAGCAGCAGCAGUGAAGAGUCCAGCAGUGAGAGUGAGGAGGAAAGCAGUGAGGAGUCAGACAAGACCUCCAGCGAUUCUGGAAAGAGUUCCAGUGGAUCUCAAAAGAUCUCUAGUGAAUCUGAAUCCGAACAAAAGAAGAAGAAGAAGAAGAAGACCAAGAAGGCGCCACAGAAGAGCAAGACUACUCCUGCUUUCAGUGACUCGGACGAAAAUGGAAACGGACCUGCAGCCGUAGACAGCAGCUCGUCAGCUGAAAGCUCCUCUGAUUCAGAGACCGACUCCGAGGACGACUCUGAGUCUGACGCCCCCACGACGCAACAGAAGAAGAAGAGUGAUGUGAAGUCCAAACCUAAGGUGGAAGGGAAGUCCAAGAUGGAAGUCUCCUUACUGGAUCUAGAUGACUUUUCUCCUGCACCCACGAACGCACCAAAGCCUUCCGUCGUCUCUUCGUCCCUGCUGUCCGACCUCGAGGGCCUUUCUCUCUCCAACGUCUCCUCCACCAUGCAGGUCACCACUCCAUCUUUUGGCCCGGUGAAAACCUAUGAGCUGCUUCACCAUAUGACUGGAAAAGGUUUGUCGGCCAAGUACCAUUUCCCCCGGCAGCCCUGUUUGUACCAGCCCAGCAUGGUGUCUGUACAGGUCAUACUGGCCAACGGCUCAGACCACAGCCUGGAGGAGAUCCACAUAGGAGACCGGAGCCCAGCGGGCCUGAACAUCCACUGCUUCAACACCAUCGAGCGGCUGGAGCCAGAGGCCUCGGUGACGGUUUCCAUGGGUAUUGACUUCAGCGACUCGACACAAGCAGCCAACUUCCAGUUGUGCACUAAGGAGGACCAGUUCAAUGUCUCCAUCCAGCCGGCUGUGGGAGAACUUUUAAUGCCCAGCACCAUGACGGAGCAAGACUUCAGCAAGGAGCAAGGUAAGCUCCUGGGCAUGAACGAGACCUCGGCAACAGUCACCAUGGCAACAGCAAACACCUCCAGCCAGGCCAUCAACAAGCAGGUCCUGUCGGUGGCCAACGUAGGAGUGGUUUCAUCCACCCAAAACAGCUUCCACAGGUUUGCCGGUCGGACGGUCAGCAGUGGAGCUCUGGUCCUGGUCUCUCUGGAGCUGAAGGAGUCCUCCGCCGCCCUGCUCACCAUCAGCACAGAGAAGAGCGUCAUGGCCUCCAUGUUGCUCCGAGACCUCAAACAAGCCCUCGCCCAGGCGUAGAGAUCCUCCCUCCCCCCUCCUCCCUCCCCAUCCUCCCUUUAGUAAAGGUAAAGGGGAGCCACACUCCAUUAGAGAGUUCACAUAUUUUAUCUCCGUGGUUGAGGACAAUUCUGGCACUUUUAUCAAAAAUGCAGAAACCAAAAAAGUAGAUUUUGAUCUGUCACUCACAGAGAAUUAAAUUAAUACAAUAAAAGAGUUUAUUAUGUUUAUGGUCUGUGGUUUUUGGAAAGGAUUGUCCUGAAUCACACGAUAACUUUGUGAAAGUCUUCAUAUAAAGUGUUGAUCCCCUUUAAAACACACACAGAAGGCAUCAAAGAACUGAUUUUAAAACGUGACCUUCACCUUCUCCUCCAAUCAUCUCAAACCAGUUGGUCAUUAACCUCUACGGUUACUAUUUAAAAUUUCACACCAUCUCUGGUUUUGACCAAACAUUAAUAUGUACAAACAGUUGUACCUCAUUUUUUAGGAGAAAGAUUAUAUCGCUGCCUCACUCACGUCCGACUGUAUGGAGCCACUUUGUUUCUAGUGCCAAGAAGAAGAAGAUAAAAGGAGGAUUCCACCAUGAAAUGAAGACCUACAUGACAAACACAAACGAGCCUCUGUCCCUGAUGUAGUUUUACAUUCCAACCUUUACACUGCCCCCCCCACCCCCACCCAACAACGUUUGUUAAAGUGCCUUCUACGUGAGAAUAAUGUUAUUUAGAAAACCAAACAUAUAUGUUAGACUUAAAUCAACAAGGUCUUUUUAUUUGUACCGAUUUGCCUGAACAAUAAAA